AAGAAUCGCGCCGGAGAGAAUUCCAGCCACCAACCGCCACCACCGGCCGGAAGUAACCGUCCCAACGUCCUCUUCCAGCUAGAGAGCGGCUUUUCCCGCGAGCCCGGGGGCGCGCGGGGACUACGACUCCCGGCAUGCUCCGAGGCCGCAGCACUUAACCCUCCAGGGCCCGGGACCGCCCGGCGCCCCGCCUCCGUCUCUUACCUGGAUCCUGCAGGAGAUGGGUGCCCCCAUCGGCACACUGUCCUUUGGCCACCGGACAUCAUGCCUCCCAAGAAGGAUGUUCCUGUGAAGAAACCAGUGGGGCCUGCUAUCCCCAAGCCAGCUACGAAGCCAGCAGCGGGGGCUCCUCCAGCCAAGACCAAAGCUGAGCCAGCGGCAGCUGUCCCUCUAGCCCCUGAGAAAACUCAGGAGCCCCCCAUUGAUCUCUCCAAAGUGGUGAUCGAGUUUAACAAGGACCAGCUGGAGGAGUUCAAGGAGGCCUUUGAGCUGUUCGACCGAGUAGGGGAUGGCAAGAUCCAAUAUAGCCAGUGUGGGGACCUGAUGAGGGCCCUGGGCCAGAACCCCACCAACGCUGAGGUGCUCAAGGUUCUCGGGAACCCCAAGAGUGAUGAGCUGAAGUCCCGGCGUGUGGACUUCGAGACUUUCCUGCCCAUGCUCCAGGCAGUGUCCAAGAACCGGGACCAAGGCACAUAUGAGGACUACCUGGAGGGGCUUCGGGUGUUUGACAAAGAAGGGAAUGGCAAAGUCAUGGGAGCAGAGCUGAGACAUGUCCUCACCACCCUGGGAGAGAAGAUGACUGAAGAAGAGGUGGAGACGGUUCUGGCAGGACAUGAGGACAGCAAUGGCUGCAUCAACUAUGAAGCCUUCUUGAAGCACAUCCUAAGCGUCUGAGCUCUACAGAUGCGGUGGGGGUCAGACAUUGGGCCCCCUGCAGGCGGAAGCGCGUUCCUGCUACUAGGAUGCCACCUAUUGUUUCAAAAUAAAGAGACGGUUCCUCCCUUGG